UUUUUUAAAACUUUUUGUUUUUGUUUUAGUCUUGGGUUUUUCCGGCUCAAGGUCAGGAAUGCCAGAAUAAGAUAUUUGACAUUUUUAAUACCGAUCUAUUUCGAUCUUUCGACUGGUUUUUUAUUUGGUCACACUUGCAUUUUUCCUAUACAUAUAUUAGUUAUUUUGUUGCAAUACUGUUUUUUUUAUAAUGGAUCAGUGCUUAUUUCUUGACAAUCGUUAUUAAUUCUUGGGUUUAUGGAACUCAAUUUGAAUACUCACUCGCAUUUAUUGCUAUCUUUUUUGUUUUGAUUAUUAUUUUGCCUACUUGACUUGCUUUUUGUGAUGAAUAACAUUUACUAAUCACUGUAUUUGUCUGCGUUUAUUCUUUUAUUCUUCUUCUUCUAUUGUCUUUGUUUUGCUUAUUGUUUGGAAUUUUUAAUUUGGUAAUAUUGGUUUCUAAUGGAGUAUUUUGAUUUGUUGUAUUUCCACUGAGGGGUUUUAUUUUUGGUUUGGUUUUUAUUUUAAAACUUUGGCAAUUUCCUUGGCCUUUCGAUUUUAUUUGGAAGAAGUUUGGUAGUUUUUGGUUGCUUUUAGUUGUGUGUGUGUGUGUGUUUAUUUUAUGGUGCUUUGUUCAGCACGCUUUCUAGCCUUUUUAAUACUUUUUGAUGCCGCCCUUUGUUUGAUUUUUGUUUUGUUUAUUUUGCACUAACUUUUAAAUGACUUUUUGUUUAUGUAUUUUUUUUGUAAUUACUGGCAUUAGUUUUGGUGUAUUUUUCCCCCUUUUUUUGUGCUUAUCAUUCCGCUCUGUUAUCGGUUAUCUUUAUUUCUGCCGCUUCUUUUAUGUAAUUUACAGCUUCUCUUUCUUUUUCCCUUUUCCCCUUUUGCGUUUUGUUGUUGUUUUGCACACACGUGCGAGGGGCACUUAAAAAAAGAUAAAACACAAUAACAAAAAACACACGGCAAUGCUUUUUCGUUUACCGAAUAUUUAGUAUUUACGAUUUUUACGCGUAUUUAUUGUUUAUUAUUAUUAUGGUUAUGAUAAUGGUUGGUGUUUUUUUUGUUUUUAGGCGGCGCGCGCGCACGCACACACACGCAUCCACACACACGCACACACACACGAUAUGCGAAAUGCGAUGCGCGAUGCGAUGCGCUCUACACCACGUUUUUCGGCCGAAAUUCUCGUUUCGACUCGUCUUGAAAUUGCACGGGCCGAGUUCAGAAAUUUGAAAAUCAACGUUUUCCCAGCAGAAAUGUUAAAAAGCAGCAGAAAUGCUAAAAACUUACAGAAAUCACCGUUUUCCCAACAGAAAUGUUAGCUAACGGCGCACAGUAAUGUAUGGAAAACGUAGUUGAGAGAGCAGGGAGCCAUUAGCCGCCGUUGCGUUCUCUCAAUUGCCUUUGAAUCGUUUACAGCCGAUAUGUCGGAAAUGUUAAAGGCCAACGUUGUCCUAACAUAAAUGUUAAAAACCAACGUUAUCCUAACAGAAAUGUUAGAAAUCAUCGUUUUUCCAAAAGAAAUCUGCCGCAAAGAGCAGCGAAAAUCGGCAGAGCGAGCAGCGGCGAAUUGCGCUGGCAUCGACGUCGACUGCGGCAGAGGGAGAAGCACAAAAAGAAAACAAAACGAGAGAGACGAAGAUGAACAAAAUGAACGCGUGCGCGUAAGAAAUGUAUAAAAGGAUUUUGUUCCACUGUUAAAUAUUAAAAAUACGUUCAUGAAAACGGUGUCCCACAACAUUUUUCAAACAUUUUUAGUCUCAAGUUAUUGUAGCUUAAAAGUACAUAAAAAGUGAAAGUCAUAUCACGAAGUGAAUAUUAGUAAGAGGUCGAAUUCCCCGCCACACUUCCAUGUCAAUUAGCGUUAAAAUUCGCUAUUCUACUUGGCAAACAGCUUCUGUUCCCCCGAAAAGACCACUUAGUUUCCCCCAUUUCGACUUGUUCUUCCACCUGCAAGUAUUCCACCUGGUUGGUUGGUUGGCUGGUUGGCUGUGCGGCUGAAAGUGGGUUACUCACAUAUUUGCCCACAUUUGCGAGCGACAUCCGCUUUUAAAGGGACAGACGUCAGCUGCACAAACUGACCCACAUCCUGGCUAUUUGGCUGUAUGGCUUUACGACUACCAACUUUAGCUCCCCCUAAUUAGUACAUCGUCGGUAAUCGGAGGAACCGAAUCGAAUCGUUGCUAAAGCAAAAGACAAUGGAGUGGAGACUGCUGCUGAUAUUCCUGCCCUGGUUGCUCAUCUGCAAGGUGCUCUACAAGGUCGAGGACUUCACGGAACCGGAUGUCGUCUACAGAAGUCUGGACUAUCACCCCGAGGACUAUAUCGACUCUUUUACCGACUUCCAAAAGCAUGACUACUUUCAGUACUAAACUGAGAAAAUACUGUCGUGUUUUAUUUGUAUUUUUACUUUGUUUUAGUUUUUUGUUUUUGUUCAAGGGGCUUCAAUAAAGCAUUGUAAAGUA